GGCCUCCUCAGCGUAAUCUGCCGCUGCCGCUGUGGGUCCCACGGGCCGGGGUGCGGCUGCGCGGAUCCGGGGAUCUGCGGCCGGACGCCCUCCCUGCUCGAGAUCCCGAGUGGGAUCUGGGGGCCGGCGUUCGUUGGAGUCCUGAGGGGCCGUUGAGCCAUAGUGUCCAAGAUGAAUGACAGCCUAUUUGUCAGUUUGGACAGACUUCUGCUAGAAUUUGUUUUCCAGUAUGAGCAAGAUAAAAGUACUAAAGAAGAUAUGAUUCAGCGGAUUAAUAAAUGCUGUGAAGAUAUUAAACAAAACAAAACAACUAUUAGUAAAAUACAUGAAACUAUAAAAACAACAGAUGAGGAAAUUGGUCAUUACUGUAAACAUAGUGAGGAGAUCAAAGACAGUUGUAGUAACUGGAAGCCAACCUGUGAUGUUUUUCAUAAACAUGAAGACUAUAUGCAGGACCAGUUUGCUGUUUUUCAAGAAGCUAUUGAAAAAGACAAAAAAAUGUACCAUGACUAUGUAUGUCAGUAUAAAGAUGUUUUGAAGCAAUAUCAACUAAAAUACUCUGAAACACCCCUUUCACAUGAAUAUUAUGAGAAGAAAAGAGAACUUGAAGAAAUUCAAAGCAGAGUGUUGGCAUGUACUGAAGAACUAAAAAUGAAUGAAACUAUUUUUAUGGAAUUUCUAGUGCCUGCUCCUUUUCCAUCACUUACUAAAUGGGCAUUACAUAUGGUUAAUUUGAGAGGGAAAACACAAGAUAUUCUUAAGCAGGUCAGCAGCUUUUCCAAACAUUCAUCUGAAUUGAAGAAAGAAGUACAUGAAGUGGAAAUAGAAAUUAAUUAUUUAAACCAGCAUAUUACAAGACUUUAUAAAACUAAAAAUCUUUCAGAGACCAUAGAAGAAAAAAGUAAAAGUAUAGAGAAGAGAAAGGAUUUGAAAGAAAGAAUUUUUGAAAAAGAUGAAAUUGUACUUAUGUUGAAUAAAACCCCUCAAGAUAACCAAGUAUUUCUUCCUUACGAAUCUCAAAAACUAAUCACAACAAUAAAGACAUAUUCUUCAGAACCAAGAGUUUUAGAUAAAAAAGAAGACCAUUUUGUGAAGCAGUUAAAGCUUGCCAAUAUUGAGCUUGGACAAACAGAAAAUGAUACACAGGUAUUUAAUGAUUCUUCUGUGAAUAACCAUUCAAAAGGUUCUGCUAUUAAAAGUUCACAGGAUUUUUUGCAGUUCAGAUUGCUAACCCCACAGAAACAACCAGCUUGUAAUUGGUGGUCUGAAAAAGGAGAUAAAGAUGCUGAGUGUGGAGAUAAAGGAACAGUAAUACAAUUAAGAGAAUCAAAAUGUACUCCACAAGUUAUAUUUACAGAAAAUUUGGGGAAGUCAAAAGAAAAUAAUAGUGAUGAAGUAGAAGAAAGAACUGAGAAUUUUUCACAAACUUCUGAAAUACCUAUAUUUUUAAGAACUCCUGAACCUGUAAAAGCACCUGAAUCUUUGGAGAAAUUACUGUUCCCUAAAACCCCCUCAUUUGAAAUAAAUAGAAAUACAAUUCCUGAAGGUCAAACACAGAAAGAAUCCCCUGGACUUUCUUUUCUUACAAGUUUUACGUCUAGAUCACCUGGAUUGAAUCUUUUUGAUUCUUCUGUAUUUGAUUCAGAAUCAUCAUCAUAUCAGUUUAAUGAACAUUAUUCUUCUGGAAAUUCAAAUCCUCUCUCAUCACAACAUGAAACUGGAAACUUAUUUGGGAAACCAGAAAGAGAAGAGGCCUUUACAUUUUCUUUUCCAUCAGACUCUUCAACUGGAAAAGAUGAUUUUAGUUUUCCAUUUUCAUUUGAUCAGAAUCAAAGCACAGCACCUUCUUCUAUAAAAGGGUUUUCAUCUUCACAAAAUACAACACAGUUUGCCUUUUUUUGAAGUAAUGACUAAUUUCUUGAAUUAUUUAUUAUCUCUGUAAUCAUCUAAGAUAUAUAUUUAUAUUAUUAUUUAAAAUAUGAACACUACCUUUCUUUUGUUAGAUAAAGCAAUAUCAGGUUAUCAUAGCUACAUAAUUUGAUUCUGUUUAUUUAAAUAUUGAAAAAUUUAGUUUGUAUCAUCGAAUUUUGUUUUUAUUUGUAGAAUCAGCUAUCAUUAUUUAUUUUGGUUUUGACUUUCCAAGCCAUAUUCAGACAAGAGUUGUUAUUAAUCUUAAUAGAUUUUCCAAUUAAUCUUAAUUGUAAAUAUUAAGCCUGCUUCUCCCUGGAACCUGUUUCAUUCUGAUGGUAUGUUAAAUACUUUGAUAAGUACAAGAACUUCUAGAGGCCAUCAAAAGAUCUUUUAGGGCCUCCCUGGUGGCUCAGGUAGUUGAGCAACACACUGUGAAGCUGUCCACAGCCUCUGCAGCGAGGGUUCGAUCCCGGCUGGCUGGUGAGAAUCCCAUAUAGUGAAGUAGACCUCUCCUGUCUUGCCCACUGCUCCCCUCAGCAGUGUAUUUUGUCAGUCUGCCUGUUCUGUUCCCUGCUCUGUCUCCAGUGAAUUCUCUCACCCUCCAGUGCAUCUAGCCUGUACCCCGGUUCUUGUAUAAAAAUAAAUAAAAUCUUUAAAAAAAUAAAUGAAAUAAAAGAUCUUUUAGCAAUAA